UUUCUUUAUUUCUAUCAGCAGAGCCAGGUGUUGUUCUCGGUGUCGUAUAGAAUGUAGAAUGUGUAUGUAGAUCUGUGUCGACAUGUUAAGAUUUCUGCACGUAAAACAUUAAACAUAGGAGAUUUGUGUCUGGCCAGCCUGAGAAUAUACAGUAUAAUGCAGAAGCAAGACUCUGUUGACGACUCUUUGUACAGUCGACAACGAUACAUGCUUGGUGAUGAGGCUAUGCACAGUAUUAGUAAAUCUAGAGUUUUCCUUAGUGGACUUGGUGGUGUUGGAAUUGAAAUUGCAAAAAAUGUAGCACUAGCUGGUGUCAAGUCAUUGAUUCUCCAUGAUACAAAACCAGCUACAUAUUUAGAUUUGGGCUCCAAUUUCUUUCUUGAAGAAGAGGAUGUUUUGAUGCAAAAGAACAGGGCAGAAAAAUGUGGACGACGUAUCGCAGAGCUGAAUCCAUACGUUUCAGUACAGACAGAUAUGCGUGAUAUUGAGGARAAUAACUUGGCGUUUUUAACUGAUUAUCAGUGUGUGGUUCUAACAGAUGCCUCACUGAGUUUACAACGUAAAGUUGACAAUUUUUGCCGCACACAAAACCCCCCAAUUCAAUUCAUCAGCUGCAACAUAUUUGGCGUUUUUGCUUCUCUGUUUUGUGACUUUGGCCCUGAAUUUAAAGUUUUGGAUACCUGGACAGAAGAACCGAAGACCUUUUUCAUUGGAAAUAUUUCAAAGGCUAACCCUGGAGUAGUUACGACCCUCGAUAACACAUUUCAUGGGCUGGAAAAAGGAAACACCGUCUUGUUAAAAGAAAUUGUUGGGAUGUCAUCGUUGAAUGAUACCGUUCAAACAGUUACUGAAGUUCUAUCGCCAUAUGCCUUCACAAUAUGUGAUACAAGUGGACCAGAAUUCCAGUCUUAUAUGUAUGGAGGUGUUGGCUGCCUGCAGAAACCACCACCAUUUUAUCUGACAUUCGAAUCUCUAGAAGACCAGUUAGAAAAACCAGACCUUGUAAUAGCAGAUUUCAGUAAAUUAUCUCUUUAUCAAGAACUUCACGUUGGAAUGCAAGCACUGCAUCUAUUUCAGGAAAAGUUUGGACGCCUUCCCUAUAUAAGAAGUCCCAACGAUGCGACAGAGCUUGUACAAAUUGCUUCUACCUUAAAUUCAAGCUCGUCAAUUAAGAAUUGGCAUACAAUACGAUCCUUGUCGUACGUUAGUCAAGGGUAUUUCGCACCACUUUCUGCUUCGAUGGGUGGUGUUGCUGCUCAGGAAGUGUUAAAGGCGCUUACUGGGAAGUUUAAGCCGCUGAAACAAUGGCUAUAUCUUGAUACAGUAGAAAUAUUAAAACAACAAGGAGAUCUUGUCGAUACAUCUUCAUUUACUCCACGAUCAGAUCGUUAUGAUUCGUUAAGAAUAUGUAUAGGAGAAGAUUUAAUAAACAAGCUUCACAACUCUAAACUUUUCAUGGUUGGAUGUGGUGCUAUCGGAUGCGAAUUUUUAAAGAACUUUGCCCUUUUGGGAGUUUCUACUGGAAUUAAUGGACAGCUCACCAUAACAGACAAUGAUGUCAUCGAAAAAUCUAACCUGAACAGGCAAUUUCURUUUCGCUCCCGGGAUAUUCAGAAACCAAAGUCAAGUACAGCUGCAGAAUCGGCAAAAGAAAUUAAUCCAAAGGUACAGAUAAAAGCCAUUCUUUGCAAAGUCUCUCCAGAAACGGAGUCAAUUUUUAGCAGCGAAUUCUUUGAGUCGCAAGACUUGGUGGUAAAUGCUUUGGACAAUAUUGAAGCCAGGCGAUAUGUUGACAGUCGAUGUGUACAAAGCAAAAGAGGUCUUUUAGAAACUGGAACAAUGGGCGCUAAAGGACACGUUCAAAUCAUAGUUCCACACCUAACGGAGAAUUAUGCAAGUCAGCGUGACCCAGAAGACGAAGAAGUUCCAUUUUGUACACUGAAAUCCUUCCCUUCUGUUAUUGAGCACACUAUACAAUGGGCAAGAGAUAAGUUUGAAAAUUUAUUUGUCCAAAAAGUUGAGUUCUUCAAUAAAUUUUGGGCGCAACAUAAAACACUGGAAAACUUCAUUAAGAACAUUGAUUCCCUUGAUGAAAUAGAGGGGCUUGUAAUUGUGACAAAAAUGUUAAAGAAUCGUCCUCAGUCAUGGUCUGACUGCGUCGCAUUUGCAAGAAACAAGUUUGAAAAGUAUUUUAAUCAUAAGGCAAAGCAUCUUCUCCUUGCAUUCCCUCAAGAUACGAAGCUAAGCGAUGGCUCUCCRUUUUGGAAGAGUCCAAAGAGACCACCGACUCCACAAGAAUUCGACAUCAAUGACGAACUGCACUUAAUGUUUUUGGUCAGCGCCAGUAGACUGUUUGCCGACAUACAUUUGAUUCAGUACUCACAAGAGGAUCUUUCUGCUGGCGAAUUAACAAAAAUCGWGCAGUAUGUAAAUAUAACGCCAUUUGUGACAUCCAAGAAAGAAAUAUGGACCAAAGARGACAAACCCACUACAACAGCUGUCAAGUCUGAUGACAGAGAUCUGGACAAACUUAAAAAUGAACUAAAGAGACUAUGUUCAUCAUACAGUACUCUUUCUGAAAUAUCGAAAGUAAGGCCUCUAAAGUUUGAAAAAGACGAUGACAAUAAUGGCCAUAUCGACUUCAUAACAUCAUCAGCUAACCUGCGAGCGCGGAUGUACAACAUAGAACCGGUAGAUCGUUUAAAGGUUAAGAAAAUAGCAGGGAAAAUAAUUCCAGCAAUUGCUACAACUACAGCAGCCGUCGCAGGAUUGGCAACUAUUGAGCUGGUGAAGUUUGUGAUGAAAACUUCCCYUACUGAUUACCGAAAUUGUUUUAUGAAUCUUGCCUUACCUUACAUCAUUUUUUCUGAGCCGGGACCAGCUAAAAUGAUCCCUAUAAAGGAAGGUUUAACAUAUUCUAUCUGGGAUCACUGGACGAUACGAGGAAAUAUGGAUUACACCCUAAGAGAUUUUAUCAACUACUUCAAGGACUGUUAUGGGCUUGAAGUAACGAUGGUUGUACAAGGCGUUAAGUUGAUCUUCAUCCCAAUAAUGCCAGGUCACAUGAAGAGACUAGACAUAAGAAUGACGGAUUUGGUCAGAGCAAGUCCAUCUCAGAAGUACAUUAGUCUAACUGUAUCGUUUGCGUCUACUAUUGACAAAGAAGAUGAUGUAGCAGGACCACCAAUACGGUAUUUUCUUUACUGAAUCCUGUGGUCGUCUAUCGUAUUCGUAGUUGGACAAUCCAAAAGAAUAGAUGAUAAAAAAGCUCAAAAAUCRAUGUUUCAUCCUACUAUAUAAUCGCAAAUGGUGGAGAACAUUCCUAUUGCGACGGACAGAUGUUUUAAUAUUUUCUAGACAAUGUCACAGAAAGCCCAAGCAAAGUAUUCUCGUGCCUCAUAAAAAGGAAUAWAUGUGGAUUUGUAUAUUGUACGAAUAUAUUUAACAAAUAAAAAAGCUUUUUCCAUG